CUCUUUCAGAAUGUACUGACGCGAGCAGCAGAGCAGUUUUCAAAGUAAGCAGAUAGGGCAUUCAAAAUCAACAAGCUGAAGACUGAGGUCACCAACUGUCUCACAAUGUUGGAAAAGAGAGUAGAGCUGGAGGGGAUGAAGGUGAUGGAGAUUGAGAAGUGUCGCAAUGACAUCAAGAAGCUCAGUGAGGAGAUCGCAUCCAGAAACAACAGUAAUUUUUUGGAUGACAACAAGAAGCGGAGUCCUUGCAUUCCCUCUGACCCCAAAUGCCAUCUGUCUAAGGAGACAAUGGAAGCUCUUAGAUUGCCUACGUUUGAUGCUUGGCAGUGGGAGCCCAAUGAGAUGCUGAGCUGUCUAGAACAUAUGUACCAUGACCUGGGCUUGGUCAGAGACUUUAAUAUAAAUCCCAUCACACUGAAAAGAUGGCUGCUGUGUAUCCAUGACAACUACAGGAAUAACCCCUACCACAACUUCCGCCACUGUUUCUGUGUCACCCAGAUGAUGUACAGCAUGAUCUGCCUCUGCAGCCUUCAGGAGAAGUUUACUCAGAUGGAGAUUCUGGCUCUCAUGACAGCUGCUGUGUGUCAUGACCUCGAUCAUCCUGGAUUCAACAACAUGUAUCAGAUCAACGCUAGAACGGAGAUGGCCCUUCGCUACAAUGAUAUUUCUCCUCUGGAGAACCACCACUGUGCUGUGGCCUUCCAGAUUUUCUCCCAGCCUGAUUGCAACAUAUUCUUCAACUUUGACCCUGAGGCCUUUAAACAGAUACGACAGGAAACUAUCACAUUGAUCCUGGCCACAGACAUGGCACGCCACAGUGAGAUCCUAAAAACCUUCAAGCAGAAAGUUGACAACUUUGACUACACAAAUAAGGAGCAUGUUGCCUGCCUGAAGAUGGUACUUAUCAAAUGUUGUGACAUCUCCAAUGAAGUGCGGCCCAUGGAGGUGGCUGAGCCUUGGGUCGAUUGCCUGCUGGAGGAGUACUUCAUGCAGAGUGACAGGGAGAAGGCUGAGGGACUUCCUGUGGCUCCGUUCAUGGACAGAGAAAAGGUCACCAAGUCAACAGCCCAGACUGGCUUCAUCAAAUUCGUCCUCCUCCCCAUGUUUGAGACUGUGAUGAAGCUGUUCCCACAGAUUGAGGAGGUGAUGGUAAAGCCACUCAGAGAGUCAAGAGACCGGUACGAAGAGCUCAAACAGACUGAUGAUGCCAUGAACGAGGUGCAGAAAAAGAAAAGUGAGAAUUUAACAAUGGAUGGUGAGAAGUGAAAAGUUCUGAAAAGGACCAGUGAGCACAGAGCACAAGUACAGUGGAAUAAUGAGAUGUGUUGUUCCACUGGGAGCUGUAAGACCUUCCAUCACCCUGUCCACUCCUCACAUGGAGCAGCAUGAAGGGUGUUGUCGUUUCCAGUGUGCCACAGGAAGAUGAUGGCCGAUGUUUAAGAGCAGCUUCUUAAGCUGCUACAGGACUUGAGGACCAGAGGGACUCUGAAUUGAGUGGUUUUAGCUGAAUGCUAGCAUUCGAAUACCACAGACUACUUCAGUGAACAAUAUUUAGAUAUAAUUUGUGUAUUGUGUUUGUUUUUACAUAUUUUUAUUGGCUUUUGUUAUUUUAUACAAAAAUUAAAAGUAUAAUCUUAAUAGCAAAGUUCUGUCUGGACUGUUUCUUUUAUUUUCACACAAAAUAGCCAAUUAUUCGUCAUGGAAAGGCAGCAAAAGAGAAGAGGAAAAAAGGAGGGCAAAGAUAGACAAGGACAAAAUACAAGAGAGGGAGAAGCCAAAAGUUAACGAAAUGCAGUGAAAUGAAAUGCUUCCUAAUUCUUCUUGUGAUUGCUCCCUCUCACUGGAUCAUCUGCAUCCAUCUUACCCUAUCCUCCUCUGUCACACCCUCUGCAUAUCCUCCUUAACUUCAUGGGUCAUUGUGGCGCCAGUGUGUACGGCAUGCCAUCUGCUGCAUCUUUUGCUCUCCACUUUGUUUUUGUUGUUGUGUGUCAAGCAAAAUGUCAAGUGUCUACCGAUGUAUGAUCACCAGACAGUUCUAAAGCUUUUUUCUACCAACCUCCGUGCUCACCUCACUGGAAGCGGCACAGACGUCAGGGUAAGUGAGGUGGGCGGUUAGCUAAAACGCCUGUUUGGCCUGCUGUCCCAAACUUUUCCUGGCCCAAAAGGAAUCGGUUUCUCACCUCUUUGCUUUGUUGCGCUCGUUGGAUCAGGUCUAUCACAUCGAUCAUAUCUUGUGUUGUACCAUGUGUGGUACAACACAAGUCUGUGGGGGGUGUGGUGACAGUGUGGGUACGUUUGAUGGUGUGAUGAAGCCGUGGGAAUGUGGUGAAUCUUUCUGACCAACUGUGAAGUACUGACAUCAGCUCAUCAUUUGAUUUACAGCAGCCCUGCUGUGAUAAUACAUGUGGGCUACGUACCAGUGGAUAUGUAAACGUAAUGAUGUAUCAAUAGCAGAAUACCCAUAUGAGGUCCUGUAUAAUCAAAAUAUAUACACACACACACACAUAACUAACCAUCCACUCGGAGUUGAUUUAAGUCUUAUGUACAUGUACAUGAAGUACACGGACACACUGCACAGGUGGUUUCAUGUCUGCGCAGCUGCUACGUGUACUGUGGGGAGUGGGCAGGCUAGGCAGAGUGUCUUAAAGAAGUAUCUACACAUCCAACCAAUGGGGAUCAUUCCCUGUACAUAUGGAAUAUGUAACGGAGUGGAGAGAGAUUCUCGAUGUGAUAGAGAAUAAAUUAUUUGACCACAAAAACCCCAAAACACACACAGCACAAGAGCAAAAAGCAUCUCAGCAGCUGUCUGCACUGUGGUGCACAGGUAAUGAUGUGAGCUUCUUUUCUCGCCGCCUGACCUGGGAAAGGAGGUGUUGCAGUAACUCAAACUCCAGGCCUCAACCCUACAGUGUCAGGACAGCUAUGCAUAAACCAUGUAAAACAGAAGAGGCCCAAUUUCCUUCACAAUUAUAUGAAACAGUCAUUGAGAAAAUGAUUACUUCAAUUUAUUGCUGAGAGGCUGUGAAGCCCAGAGUGUUUAAUUAAAUCCUAGUCUCAUAUUCUUUUUAAGCUGUGGAACACAUUUUCCUGUUUCAUUCAUUCUCAUAACUCACUCAGCUUUUCCUACACGUCAGAAUCCUGCUCUGGAAAAACUGAGGAAGUUUAGUAGUCACUUCCUCAGCUGCUGCUAACACACACUGCAAUCGCAUGCAAUCAGAAAUGUGAACAGAG